AUGUCUCCUUCCUUGUCUACAGCAUCACCAUGUUCAGAAGCAACUCUUUAUUAUUAUGGAUUGAGUGCAGAAUAUCAAGAUCAAUAUGAAUAUCUUGGAAGCAUGAAGAAGUAUAAUCUAGAGAUGCAAUGUCCGAAACUAAAGCCCAAUGAUGUGUUAAAUUUUCAUAUCAAUGUUGUUUCUCAUUCGGUUGAUUCUAAUUCGGUUCCACGCCUUAACACAUUACUCCACAAUUUUCAACAUGUGAGUUGCAAGAGGUUUUUCCAACAAGGUGAGGAUUGGAUUCAAUCUAUCUUGUUUCAUCCAGAUUUCUCAUGUGAAUCACUUGAAGGACUAACAAAGAGGAUCGUGCAUGAAGUUCAUGAACUGUUCGAUUUCGAUCAAGUGGCUGAUGGAGUUGGAGCUUCUGUUUCUCAUCGAUUCACUCUGUAUCUCAGAAUUGUUCUUCAGAAAUAA